GUCAGAUCAUUCCGACACAGUUGAACUGCUGAAGCUCAAAACCAAUGAAGGCGGUAGUGGUAACGACCCCCGGCGGACCGGAGGUCCUCCGAGUACAAGAAGUAGAAGACCCAGAAAUCAAGGACGACGAGGUUCUUAUCAGAGUGGAGGCCACCGCGCUGAACGGAGCCGACACUUUUCAGAGGAAGGGACUGUACCCACCACCUCCGGGGUCCAGUCACUACCUGGGCGUCGAAUGUUCUGGAACCAUCGAGGCCGUCGGGAAACACGUGUCAAGAUGGAAAGUGGGUGAUCAGGUGUGUGCUUUACUUAAUGGAGGAGGGUAUGCUGAGAAGGUGGCUGUUCCGGCGGGACAGGUUCUACCGGUUCCACCUGGGAUUUCUUUGAAGGAUGCUGCGAGCUUUCCGGAGGUGGCGUGCACUGUCUGGUCCACCAUUUUUAUGAUGAGCCGGCUAUCUUCGGGCGAAACACUUUUGGUUCAUGGGGGUUCCAGCGGAAUCGGUACAUUUGCUAUUCAGAUUGCUAAAUACUGGGGAGUAAGGGUAUUUGUCACAGCAGGUAGUGAGGAAAAGUUAGCAGCUUGUAAGGAGCUUGGGGCUGACGUAGGUAUCAAUUACAAGACGGAGGACUUUGUUACACGGGUAAAGGAAGAGACAGGCGGCAAAGGUGUUGAAGUCAUCUUGGAUAGCAUUGGGCAAGCCUAUUUUAAAUGUAACCUUGACAGCUUAGCUUUUGAUGGGAGGCUUUUUGUCAUUGGGACACUGAGUGGCGCUGUCUCAGAAAUAGAUCUUCGUAUGGUGCUUUCAAAGCGCCUCACCAUCCAAGCGGCUGGUUUGCGAUUCAGAAGUCCAGAAAACAAAGCAGUAAUUGUUAGAGAGGUGGAGGAGAACGUGUGGCCUGCAAUUGUGGCUGGCAAGGUGAAAACUGUUGUCUACAAGCGUUUCCCAUUAUCUGAAGCCGCUGAGGCUCACCAGCUAUUGGAAACUAGCCAGCAUAUUGGAAAGAUACUACUUUUUCCGUGAUGCUUCUGACCUCAUGCACCCAGGUUCUACGUUCUGGGAAUAAAGCAAAGGUUAAUGUGACUGUGGUUUUGCUAUGUUUAUGUUGUACUCUUAUUUUCUGAUACAUGAAUCUUAGUCUAUCAUACGGUUUGUAAUUUCGUGCUUCAUGCUAAACUGAUUCAUCUCGAUAACUAAUGAUACUGUAUACUAACAUUUGUGUUCUUGCCUAGUGUUAGAUUAAUGUUACUUAUUUCUUCCC